AUGGACUUUUGGGAUCCGUUGGUGGUCAACGGGCUUGCGGAACAUCGCCCUGUGAUUCUGAUGGACUAUUCGGGCGUCGGUUUCAGCACUGGAAGGGUGGCCUCGACGGUUGCAGAUUCCGCGGAUGAUGUUUUGCAAUUUUUGAGCCUCCUUGGUGAGAAAGAAGUUGAUCUCCUCGGCUUCAGCAUCGGCGGCUACAUUGCUCCCAUGGUUGCUCUGAAUGCCCCUGAGGAUAUCACCGUGAGGAAGCUUGUUAUUGCCGGAACAGGCCCGAGUGGCGGCCCUGAUACCGUCAUCAAUUCUCCAUCUCAUCAAGACCAGGUCAACACUUUGGCCGGUGGUCGCGAUCUAACGCGGGACGACUUUGCAACUUUGUUCUUCCCUCACGACCUACGCGGCGGAGCAGCCCUGAACUCGUGGUUCGACCGAAUUUACGAGAGAAAUGUGUCAACGAGCGGCGAACAACGAUCCAACUGGCUUAGUUUCAACUUCACGGACGGCGGAAAGGGAGUAGAAGCCCAAACGAAUCUGGCCUCAUCGUGGCUUCUUGUGAAUGAGACGAGAGGUCACAACGGGUCGUAUGAUAGACUCCCUGGACUGAAGACGCCAGUUCUCAUCACCAACGGAAAUAACGACUUCAUGAUCCCCACUCCCAACAGCUUUACUCUUCAGCAAAGAUUGCCAAAUGCGCAGUUGAUCCUUUAUCCAGACAGCGGCCAUGGCCAUCUUUACCAAUAUGCGAACCUGUUUGCCCGCCACGUGCUCGACUUUUUGCAAUCCUACUAG